CAGCAGCACGAACGCAUAAGGAAGAUGAACUCGUUCUGGCUUCCAGCAAGUGCUUUGUCUGAUUCUGAGUAAAAGUGAAACUUGUCAUGUAACAGAAACAGCCCUAUAAAUAUCCUGGUUCAAACCCCAGCAGCCCGGGAGGACGCUGCAGAGGCUGGAGGGAGCUCGGAGGCUACAGGAAAAUCACCCGCUUGUUCUGCAAACUGCGGCGGCAGCACAGAGGAAGAAGCUGUUUCAGAUCCCUGUUUUAGAGGAGAAAUCUCAGCCUAUCAAUCACUUGAAAACCUGCCCGGAGCAAUAUGGAUAGAAAGCACCAGAGAGGAGAUGAUGCAGCCGCAGAUGAUGGCAGGAGAUCAGAACUCAGAAUCAUCCUCGUUGGCAAAAGUGGAGGUGGGAAAAGUGCAACAGGAAACUCCAUCCUUGGGGAAAAAAGGUUUGAAUUUGAACUCAACCCAAAGCCAGUAACUUUGACUUGUGAAAAAGGACAAAGGAGCUGGAAUGGGAGGGAGCUUGUGGUUAUUGACACACCUGCCAUUUUUGACCAAAAUGUUUGUGAUACAGAAACAUAUAAAGAGAUUGUUCGCUGUAUCACACUCUCCGCCCCAGGCCCCCACGCUCUGCUGCUGGUGACCCAGGUGAAACGUUACACUGAGGAAGACAGGGAAGCAGUGAAGCGAGUAGAGGAGAUUUUUGGAGUUGAAGCCAUGAGGCACAUGAUUGUCCUGUUCACCCGGAAAGAGGAUUUAGACGGUAAAACACUGCGAGACUAUGUGAGAAAUAACGAAGAUCUUGAAAGGCUGAUUCAGAAGUGUGGGAACCGAUGCUGUGCUUUCAAUAACAAAAUAACCGGAAAAGAACAGGCUGAACAGGUUUCUGAGCUGAUUGAAAUGAUCCAGGGAAUGGUUCAGGAGAAUGGGGGCAGCUAUUAUGUCAAUAAGAUGUAUUUGGAACCUAAUUUAACUGCAAAAAAAGUGAGAUGUUAUAUUAGAGUAAAAAGGAUGAAAGCUUUUUGUAGAAAGUAUAAGGACCUUAUUUGUAUCGGGGUUUUUGUUGUUGUUGUUGUUGUUGCUGCUGCUGCUGCUGUACCGUUCCUGAUCGACCUCGAUCCCUAACAGCCAUUAAUAAAGUCUCAUUGCAGCCUAACCCUCCUGCUUCCCACACCUGCAUCUCAGCUUCUCGGGCACCUCACCCUUAUGUUAGUGCAGCACAUUCAGACAAUGUGAAUAAAGCUAUUUGCAUUUGUUCUUUAUUAACAAUAUAUAUUAGAUAACUUAAAUAUGCUGAGCCAGUUUCUACACUCAGUGACUCUGGAUUUAGAUGGUUUAACUCUGUUAAUUUAAGCGCAGUCAUACGGGUUUACGGCCGUGUAUCAGCUCUCAGCCUGGAUUUGUAAUGGAGUGUCUCCAUUAGCUUCCCUGGAGUACGCUGCAUUUCCAGCCCGGUCACUGAGAGACGAAUUAGGCCCUUUGGCUAGAGCUGUGAGAUCUAUUCAGCUCUCAUGUAAACUUAUAGCAGCUCAAACUGCAACAUCAAACAGGGCAGUAUUUUUACUAAAAAUAAAAUCUCAGACACUUACAGGGCCAAAUUCAGACCAGGUGCAAGUUGGUGAAACUCUAUUGACCUUACUGGAGUUACACCAAGAAUUAAUCUGGCCCCAUUGGUGUAGCCUCUUUUGAUAUUUUGAAAGGCAAACUUCAAAACGCAUCGAAGAUGUGACUAGGAAACAUGGUGAUAUGCAGCACUGCUUUUUACUCUUUUUUAAGAUAUCCUGUCAAUGGGAUUUAGGCUCCUAAGUGCCUAAAUCCCUUUUGAAAAUUAGACUUACACUCAUAAACCCAUUAGGCAUUGCAAUGCUGAGUGCAGCAAGGCCUACAUACCUUUAAAAGUCUGGAUCUAUGUCUACAAGGAAAAUUUAACUUACAGAACCAGACUUGUUUUGUUACAUUUUUAAAAGUGACAGUGCUAAUAAGUUUAUGAAUACUAAUAUAUUAUGGCAACACAGGUCAAUAGGUUGCAACCAAAAAAUUUUUAGCUUACUUACAAAUCUGUGAUUGUUAAAUUAAUUUCUCCAAGAAAACCCAGGCUGUGAGCCCAAAAGUCGCUGAGUUCCAACUGGCAAAGGGGUCACUGUCCAAUAGCAAGUCCCAUCUGACCUAUCUACCACAUGGCUGUCAGAGUGUUUAUAUGUAAUGAAGGUCAUGUGAGAGAUCAAAUGAAAAUUUAUAUCAUAUUGGUCAUCAUAAGCGUUACAUGAUGUAUGUAUGGGAAAUAAUUAAGUUGUAUGUACUAAAACAUGUUGAAAACACGGGGUUUGAUAAACAGGAUUGACAAACAAGUCUUUCCCAGGCAAAGGAAUGUUGAUGUACCUGUCUGCCUAGGUCUCUGAUGUAUCUGAAGAAGUGAGGUUCUUACCCACGAAAGCUUAUGCUCCCAAUACUUCUGUUAGUCUUAAAGGUGCCACAGGACCCUAGGUCUCUGAUGUAAGUCAAGUUUUGUGAAACCAAAUGCAAUGGGAGGUACAUUUGCAUCUGAGCUAAGCAGGAAGAUUAGGUUAGCUGGAGGAUGAAGAAAGCAGUGCUUUUUGCAUUCAUGAAAGUUGGAUCUUGGCCAUGUGAGCCAGUGAUGCUGGGAAAUGACUUUAGGUGAGAAACUGCUUUAGGUAAGAUUAACUUGCUGAAGUUAAGUCCUAGUCUUGUAGAAGCGGGUUG